AUUGACCAGACUAAAGAAGACGGUGUACACGUGGGGGCAGCAUUCAUUGAUACAAGUCUAGGAGUGUUCCACCUCGGUCAGUUCUGUGAUGACCGUCACCACAGCAGACUGCGUACCCUACUAGCUCACCAUCCGCCUGCUCAGCUAUUAACGGAGCGAAACAAGCUUGUUACCAGCGUACGUCAAGUGCUCGCUCAGUGUGGCGUGCCACCGAGUCUCCAUGAAGCCUUAACGACUUCAACCGAGUUCUGGACGGCUGAAAAAACCCUUCAGUUUCUGGCCCAGCAGGAGUGUAUGAAGUCUGAAACUGGUGGUGUUGACUGGCCUGAUGAACUGAAGUCUCUUCUCACGGACGACUGUUCCAGUCCUGUGGAGAACACUAGUGACCUGAGCCUGAGUGCGCUGGGUGCUCUGUUGUGGUACCUACAGCGUUGCUACCUGCACGACCAGCUGCUCAGUCAACGCUUGUUCCAAAUUUAUGUUCCUCCUGAUCUACGAGACCAAAUAUCAUCACUUGAACCUGCAGCACAGCAACGUGUUUUCUUCAAACAGCGACACAUGGUAAUCGAUGGCAGUAGCUUGACUAACUUGGAAGUUCUACGCAACAACAACACUGGAGACGUGGCUGGCUCUCUCUGCUCACUGCUGGACUACACUGCUACACCUAUGGGCAAAAGGUUGCUGCAGCAGUGGGUGUCAGCACCCCUGAUGUGCAACAAGGCCAUUUCAGCUCGUCAAGAAGCUGUCUUGGAGCUGCGUAAGCUGAGCUCUGCAGUUGAAGAAACUGUAUCACUCUUCUCUAAACUUCCUGACAUUCAACGGCUCUUACCGCGGAUUCACAGCCAAGGACUACGCCUGAGUCCUGACGAUCCCAACUCUCGUGCCGUGCUGUUCGAGGAGCAGCAGUACAGCAAGAAACGCGUCCUCUCUUUCCUGGCCGCAACGCAAGCCUUCGCUGCCAUCACAAAGAUACCUGCAUUAUUCCAUGCAGAAGUAGAAUCUGUGUUGCUGCGUUCACUUGUGACGCUCACUACUGAUGGCGGCAAAUUGCCUUCCAUGGAAGACACUCUGCUAUUUUUUGAGCGAGCCUUUGAUCACGAGCUUGCAAAGAAGGAAGGAAAGAUCAUACCGAGCAGUGGUGUGGAUGUGCAGUAUGACAAAGCUAUGGAAGAAAUCAAGAGAACAGAGAACGAACUUGAAGAAUAUUUGAAAGAAGAAAAUGCUUUCUUUGGCAGCAAGGUAGUUUAUUUUGGCAGCGAUCGCAGACGCUAUCAACUAGAGGUCUCAGAGGCAGCCAGCAAGAAGGCCACUUCGGAGUACGAACUUGUGUCCCAGAGAAAAGGAUUCAAGAGGUUCCAUACAGCACGCAGCAAGGAGCUGCUGGCUCAGAUGACAGCUGCUGAGGAGGCCAGAGAGGUUGCGCUUAAGGACAUCGCUCGUAGAAUAUUUCAGCAGUUUGAUGACAAACAGGACCUGUGGAGUGCUGCCGUGGACUGUGUAGCUACAUUAGACGUGCUUAUGAGCCUCACGAAGUACAGCCUGUCUAUAGCUGACGCUGCCACUCCUGAAAUAUGUGACGCUGAGUCUUCAGAAGAGGCGUUCCUGGAGAUACGCGAUGGCUUGCACCCCUGCAUCCUCUCCAGCCAAGAGGGCAUCAUCCCGAACGACGUGGUGCUGGGCAGGGGGGCUGGUGAGGGGGCACACUGCCCCCUGGUCCUCGUCACGGGUCCCAACAUGGGCGGCAAGAGUACACUCAUGAGGCAGACGGCGCUGCUUACCAUCAUGGCGCAAAUUGGAAGCUUGGUACCGUGUAGUUCCAUGCGCCUGACUCCCGUGGACCGAAUCUUCACACGAGUUGGAGCCAGCGACAGGAUGCUGGCUGGGGAGAGCACGUUCUUGCUGGAGCUGCGUGAGACCGCAGCCAUCCUACAGCACGCCACGCCGCAUGCUCUUGUGCUCAUAGAUGAACUCGGUCGUGGCACGGCGACGCACGACGGCACGGCCGUAGCGUGGGCGGUAGCAGGGGCGCUGGUAGAGCGUCGCUGUCGUACGCUCUUCUCUACACACUACCACGGCCUCGUGCACCACUUCGCUCACACCCCCGGCGUCUCCAUGGGGCACAUGUUGCGCAAAUCCUGA